AUGCGGCUGUGCUCCACCUUCCUGCUGCAGCGCUGGCUGUGGUUGUGUGUGUGCGCCAGACAGUGGCACUGCAGCAAUGGCAACAACUGCAGACUACCGCUGUGCGUGAGGCAGAUAUGGGCCUACCUCAGACUGAUGGUCGACUCCCUCUAUUACAACACCCUCACCAACUCUGAAGUCGUAAUGGACUCACUGAUGGAACCCAUCUUCUGGAUGGUGGACCUACUUACCCGCAGGUUCGGGCCGGUGUUUGUAUGUCUGUUAGUGAUACUGACCACUUCUAUCCUGCUGGUAGUCUAUGUGGUUAUGCUGCCCGUGAUCUUCGACACGUACUCUCCAUCCUGGAUAGCCUGGCACAUGAGUUACGGACACUGGAACCUCGUCAUGAUUGUCUUCCACUAUUAUAAAGCUACCAAUACUGCCCCAGGAUACCCCCCUAAGAUGAAAAAUUCCCUUCCAUUUGUGUCCAUGUGUAAGAAGUGUAUCAUCCCCAAACCAGCCAGAACUCACCACUGUGUCAUCUGCAACACGUGCAUUUUGAAAAUGGACCAUCAUUGUCCGUGGCUGAAUAACUGUGUCGGCCAUUUUAACCAGCGUUACUUCUUCUGCUUCUGUGUCUCCUUGAGCCUGGGCUGUGUCUACUGCAGCAUCAGUGGCCGGAACCUCUUCCUAGAUGCUUAUAGUGCUCAUAGUGCUAUAGAGAGCACCAACCAGACUCCCCCCUUAACGUUCAAAGACGAGAUGUUCCACAAGAGUAUCAUUUACAUGUGGCUGUUAACCAGCGUGGUGGCUGUAGUUCUUGGGGGGCUGACUAUCUGGCACGCAGUGCUGAUAUCCCGAGGAGAGACCAGCAUAGAGAGACACCUCAACAGCAAGGAGACCAAACGGAUGCGGAAAUGUGGCAAGGUGUACAAGAACUCCUUUAACUAUGGCAGUCUGAACAACUGGAAAGUCUUCUUAGGUGUGGAGAGGAAAAGUCAUUGGCUGACGCGAGUCAUCCUGCCCUCAGGGCAUGUCCCCAUUGGGAACGGCCUGACCUGGGACAUCUAUCCAUUCAGAAAAGACAUGAUGCCCGUCUGAGCCAAAUACAAAAAAACUGAAUUGAGACUUCUACAAAAUGAGGAAACACCUGAUGGCUGUCUGACCACUGACCCCACAGACUGUCCACACAGAACUACAUCUCCCAGCGGCCCCUGCUCCCUACAUAUACCGAUGUCACAUGACCAGGUUUUGUAGACGAGCAGGAGAGUGAAUACUGGGAGGACAACAGGGAAGAGAUGGGGAAUGUUUGCUGCUCCUAAGUGAAACAACCCUACAAAAUGUUUCAACCCUGGUCCUGGCACAUUGGUCUGGGCUUGUGUAAUAAAGGCCAACCACACUACAGAACUUGUAAUGAU